AUGGGAGGAGGGCAGAGGAGACUCCCAGGGCAUACCCCUCCCUGCUUUGGGGGGACGGAGGGGACCCCACCCCAGGCCGCCCCAGCUCCCUCUCCCCCUUUGCCCUCCUCCUCUGCCUCCUCCUACACGCUGCCUCCCCGGGUUGCCACGCCUUCCUCCUCUUUCCACCCAGAAAUUGUCACAGAAAGAAAAAGGAGAAAGCCUUCAUCUUCUGAGUUACAUAAGAUCAAAGAGAUAUUAAAUGUAAAAACGGAGGAUGUUCAUGUUCAGUCAUCCAAACUUAGAAGUUCAGAAUGCUGGGAUAUCCCUUUGCAGGUGUGGAAAAGAAGUCUAAGAAAUAAGGUCAUUUCUCUAGACUGUAAACGUAAAAGAGGUCGUGGUCGUCCUGUCACUUCUAGGACAUCACCAGAAAGGCAACUCAAAGUUAUGUUGACGAAUGUCCUUUGGACGGAUUUAGGACGAAAAUUCACAAAGACCCUACCUAGAAAUGAUGCUAAGUUAUGUGACAAAAACAAGGUGCACUCAGAUUCAUUGCCUUCGACUUCUGUUGACAGCCUAGAGACAUUUCAAAAAUUAGAACCUCUUCACGAAAGCCUUAAUUUAUCUGAAAGGAUACCCAGAGUUAUAUUGACAAAUGUCCUGGGAACAGAGUUAGGAAGAAAAUACAUAAAGACCUCAUCUGUAACUGAGGCCAGUUUGGAUGAUACAGACAACAUGAAUUCAGAGCAGCUUUCUUUAUCAUCUGAUGAUGGCCUAGACUCUUGUCAAAAUCAAAAUCCUCACCAGAAUUCCUUUUUAUCUAAGAGGAGUCCACAGCCUAACGAGACGAUAAAUAAUAAUUUGGCAAAGCAGGUUUUGCACACUGAAGAAAAGCAAAAAGAUGCUGAUGGAAUCUUUUUUGUAAUGACUGAAGUAAAGUCUAAAGACUUUAAUAGUGGAAAUAGAGGGUGUGAUCAUCUCGAAGAAGAGGACAGAAACAGGGAGGACACAUACUCUGAUUCAAAAGUGGAACCUGCUCUGAUUUCCAGGAAGAGAAAGAAAAAGCUUAGAAGUAAUUUACCUGAUUCUUAUGAUCCUGUUGCUUCUUUAGAUAAAUCAGAACAGACAAAAGAAAAUUACUUAGUAGUAUCCACCGACUUUGAAAUGUCCAGUGAAAAUCAUCAUCAAGACCCAAAACUGCUUGAAGAAAUUACACCUGGAAUCAUAGAAAGUGAUUUCACUGAGGUGCCCUCACUUGGUCAGGAGCUGAUUUGCCACACUGUGCCGAUGAGCGCCUCUGAUUGUUCAGCCAUUGAAACUUUUGAGAAUUCUAUCUCUAUGGUCACUGUGGGGGAUUCUGGCUUUGUUGAGAAAGAGGAGAAUGAAUUUAAUACAAUGGAAGAGUCUCUGUUAAGAGAGCACAGUGAAGGAAACCAGUCAUUAAUGUCAGCUGAGCCAAUUGUUGUUUCCAGUGAUGAGGAAGGACCAGCUGAAAAUAAAAAUUCAGAAAUUCUUAAAUCACAAGCUGAGCAAGACCAUGUCAUCACUCAUGAAAAUGAGAAAAUAUCUGAAUCAGUGUCGUCAGAGCUGCCUUUGAUUACAUGUGAAUCUGCGCAGAUUUCAUCUGAAUUAUGUUCAUAUAAUCCAGUUAUGGAAAAUUCUUAUAUUACACAAACUAAUGAGAUGACUCUACACCUGGAUUUUAUAUUUACUUCUGUUUAUAUUGGAAGAAUAAAAGGAGCUUCUAAUGGUUGUGUUACAUUCACAACAAAGUAUGUUAAGAUUCCAUUUCAAGUUUCCCUAAAUGAGGUUUCAUUGUUAAUAGAUACCUCCCAUAUAAAGAGAUUUGGGUUAUGGAAAAGAAAGGAUGGUGAGCACAGUAAACGGAGUCAUGCUAUUCUUUUUCUCUGGGUCUCUUCAAAUUACCUUCAGGACAUUGAGAUCCAAUUAGAUAAUUCUUCAUUAAGCCAGAAAUCAAGAUCCAGUGAAUUUAUUUUCCUUGAGUUACACAAUCCUAUUUCACAAAGAGAAGAAUUAAAGCUGAAAGAUAUUAUGACGGAAAUAAGUACAGCCAAUGGAGAUUUAGAACUUUCUUAUUCACUGUCUUGGGGUCAGGCACUUCCUUUGUUUCAGAAUCUUUCUUCAAAAGAUAGUUCUUUCAUUCAUUAUUACUGCACUUCAACUUAUUCUAUCUCUGCUGUUACUGCUGUUGCUACUACUGCUGCUGCUGAAGAAAUGAAGAUGAAAUCAUUAUCGCAGCCCUCAAAUACAGAUACAGCUAAGCCUACCUACACUUUUCUGCAGAAGCAAAGCAGUGGUUGUUACUCACUUUCUGUCAUGUCAAAUCUAGAUGAAGAAUGGCAAGAAGUCAGACACACUGGACCAGUUCAGAAACUGAUUGUAUAUCCCCCACCACCUACUAAAGGGGGGUUAGGAGUGACUAAUGAAGAUUUGGAAUGUUUAGAAGAAGGAGAGUUUCUUAAUGAUGUAAUCAUUGACUUCUAUCUUAAGUAUCUUAUCUUGGAAAAGGCAUCAGAAGAACUUGUUGAACGAAGUCACAUUUUUAGUAGCUUUUUUUAUAAGUGUUUGACAAGAAAGGAAAAUAAUUUAAUAGAGGAUAAUCCAAAUCUUUCAAUGGCACAGAGAAGACAUAAAAGAGUAAGAACAUGGACUCGUCAUAUAAACAUCUUUAAUAAAGAUUAUAUCUUUGUCCCUGUAAAUGAGUCGUCUCACUGGUAUCUUGCUGUCAUUUGUUUUCCAUGGUUAGAAGAAGCUGUAUAUGAAGAUUUUCCACAAACUAUGCCCCAAUAUUCCCAGACUCAGCAAUCCCAACAGGAGAACCAAGCAACAGAUAACGAUCAACACCCUACUUCAACACAAUCCCUGGUUUCGGAGGAUUCCCAAAGUACGGAGACAAGUAUGUCAGCACCAAAGAAAAUGUGUAAAAGACCAUGCAUUCUCAUACUAGACUCCUUGAAAGCUGCCUCUAUACAAAACACAGUUCAGAAUUUGCGAGAGUAUUUAGAGGUGGAGUGGGAAGUUAAGCGAAAAACUCAUCGUGAAUUCAGCAAAACAAACAUGGUGGAUCUAUGCCCUAAAGUUCCUAAACAAGAUAAUAGUAGUGAUUGUGGAGUAUAUUUACUGCAAUACGUGGAAAGUUUCUUUAAUGAUCCUAUUGUUAACUUUGAACUUCCCAUUCAUUUGGAGAAGUGGUUUCCUCGUCACGUAAUAAAGACCAAACGGGAAGAUAUUCGAGAACUCAUUUUGAAACUUCACUUGCAGCAGCAGAAGGGCAGCAGUAGCUAGUUAAUCUGUACAGACCUGACACAGAUGUUCUAUACGAUUACUAGAAAGCUGCUUACCAGCAUUUGUCUUAGCCAGCUCACAGAGAAGAAAAUAACCUAGAGUAAUUGUUUUUAAGUCGCUGAGCAUUAUUUAAAAUAUAUAACAUAGAAAUUAGCAUUGUUGGGUUCUCAUUAGAUGAUGUAGAAAUGGGGGUUAUGUAGAUAAACGUGAGAUAGAAAUGAUUUCAUAAAUAUUUGAUAUUUUUCUGAUAAAUAUGCUUGGAUUAUGCAAUCGCAUAUGUAAUGUGGUCAUGUUUUUGUAGAUACUAAAACUCUGUGAUCUGUACUUCUACAUAACUGGGAGUUGAGGGGAGUUGGGUUCUCCCUGGUGCCAGCCCCAAAGCUUGUCAGACUUGUUGAUAAGCCACAUUAUAUAGUAAUUUUAUUCUUUGCAGCUCAAGCAUGCAGUAUGAAUACUGUGUAUUUUUUUUUUUAAAGAAUUUAGUAUCAAGGCUUCAGAAAAUGCCAUUUACGGCAUCCAU